CACACACACACAGUAGCUACGUCACACAUUGGGAAUGCAGUGAGGAGCUGCUGCUGCUGCUGAAGGCCUCAGGAUCCGCAACAAAAUGAGACCGAAGGAGAGGAGGGAGUCACUGUAAAAGAAGCCUGCCAUGUCCGGUCCCACCUGGCUGCCACCGAGGACUCUGGAAAGCCCAGAGCGUGCCGUCCCCCAGAUGUCCCACUCUGCAGGGUCAGCAAUCUACCGAGCCCCCAACAAGAAGGGCACGUCUGACUUUCGGCCAAAAUAUGGCCCCUAUGACCAGAACGGAGGAGGAGGUGGAGGAGGAGGAGGAGGAGGGAUGAUAGCCAACAGGUACAUGGCUACUGGACCCACAGGUGGGCCUAUUCAUCAUUCGUCUAGUGAUCACUAUUACUCCCCUCCACAUGGUCCCAAAGACGACCGCAACUGGAGCCCUCACAUAGACAGCUACGAGCUGAUGCACCGUGGUCCUGAAAAACCAGUGAGCCAUCACUCCAAAAUCGAUGCUGAUAUUGACUCCCUCACCAGUAUGCUCGCUGAUCUGGACAGUCACCCACAUGACUCCAGCACACAACUGUACGACAAUGUGCCUUACAACAAAUACCUCUCAGGGGAUCACUACAAGCCUGCACACCAGAGCGCAGGCCCUCCUCAGGGUCGGCCAUCCAUGGGCUACCCCCCUCACCCCCAGAGCCAAUACCACCCGGCGCCCCCCUACCCCAGCGAGCAUCAGACGCCUCAGUACUCCACUUCACACCAGCAGGACUACUACUCGUCUUCUUCAGCUCCUAAACCCUACCCUCAGCCUGUCCCGGCCUCCUACACCACGGCUUCAACUCCCACCGGGCCGAGGUUCAGCGUCCAGGUCAAGACGGCGCAGCCCGUCACCUACUCUCAGACAGGGAGGCAGGCCGAGCAGGCCUACACCCCACCCCCUCCUCGCCAGCACGUGUCACGCCCCCCGCCUCAGACAAGUCCGCAGGGCUGGUACUCCCAACACCCCAGCUCACAAACUCAGGAGAUGCACUCUGAUGAGGGGUACAAGGGGAGCAGCUCAGGGUCUGGAGGAAGAGUUAACCAGGUUCCCAUGUCUAAGAGAGGGAUGGAAAAUAAUCAAACAGGGUCAGGGGCCGCACUGAGUCCUGCUUAUCAGUCCAGCAAGCAGGGGGUAGCAACAACCAGGCCCGAGGAGGAGUUGGAUCGACUCACCAAGAAGUUGGUAUAUGAUAUGAACCACCCCCCUUCAGAGGACUAUUUCGGUCGCUGUGCCCGUUGUGGUGACAACGUGGUCGGCGACGGCAGUGGCUGUAUCGCCAUGGAACAGGUAUUUCACGUGGAGUGUUUUACAUGUAUCACCUGCCACGCCCGUCUCCGAGGACAACCCUUCUACGCUCUGGACAAGAAGAGUUACUGCGAGAGUUGUUACAUUAGUACUCUAGAGCGCUGUUCAAAGUGCACCAAGCCCAUCUUGGACCGUAUCCUGCGGGCUAUGGGAAAGGCCUACCAUCCUCGCUGUUUCACAUGUGUAGUUUGUAACUGCUGCUUGGACGGGGUGCCCUUCACCGUGGACGCCACUUCUCAGAUCCACUGCAUAGACGACUUUCAUAGGAAGUAUGCCCCUCGCUGUUCGGUGUGCGGUGAGCCCAUCAUGCCUGAACUAGGUCAGGAGGAGACUGUCAGGAUAGUCGCUCUGGAUCGCAGCUUCCACGUCAACUGUUAUGUCUGUGAGGAAUGCGGUCUCCUGCUGUCAUCUGAAGGGGAGGGUCGUGGUUGUUACCCGCUGGACGGCCACAUCUUAUGUAAGAGCUGCAGCGCCCGCCGCAUCCAGGACCUCUCAGCCAAAAUCUCCACUGACUGCUAACAGACCAGCUGUGUGUCCGCUCCACCAUUUAGUUUCUCCAGCACAGAUUUUAGUGUCGGAAAUUCAUAACAGGAAAUCAUAAACGGUCGACAUAUUACACGUUAUUGAUAUCGCAGACAGGAGUAACAGUUUUAUACCCCUGUUUGUUUAGUCUUGUGAAGUAUUUUUUGCGUUUUCUUUGGUUAGUCUGAUCUUGAAUUGAUAUAAACCUUGUUAUAGUUCCCUCUGUUGGUAUGUAGCCGCAAUUUCAUUUGCAGAGGGAACAUUUUCUUACUGUUACUGGUUCAAAUUAGAGAUGGAGUUGUGAUGAAGAGACCACCUCACCGGUUAUCUUUUCAAUCAGAUUUCCUACUGCGUUUUCUUUCUUUUUGGUACACAUUUACCCUGUUUUACAUGUUAAAUUCAGUAUUCUUAUGGCAGUAGCCUGACCUGCAGGCAGCUUGGGCUCCACGUAACAUUUAUCCACAUCGGUACUGCUUAACUAGCAGAAAGCACAUUAUUUUCAUUGUCAAAGACAUUGAAAGUAGGAAAGGAUACGAGACCUCAAAAUGAGGGGUAUUUUUGCAGAGAAGCAGCAUAAAUAAUAAUGAGAGUGAUGGCUUGUCUCUGUGGAGUUUAGGGACCUGUACAUUUGUAAAACACUUGGCGUCAAAGUGCUGAACUGCCUCAAAACAAGCAUUUUAAAAGCACAUAAUGCAACAACAACUGUGACUGUAUAUAACAGGCUAGUUUGGUUUAACAAAGGAACCGUUCUCAAGAAACUGUGUCGGAAAGCAUGUAGCCUUUAGUGCAGUGAAAGUUUGCAGUGAAGUAGCCUCAUAGAACGAGAAAUGUAGACGAAAGGAAUGUGUAGUAAACUUUACAACCCAGUUUUUUUUUUUUCUCUUUAGCUUUUAAAUGCUAGUACAAUAUUUGCUUGAACAAAUCUUUACAGUUACUCUUAUUUAGUUAUUAAAUCGACACUCAUAACAGGAUUUUUGCCAUUUUUUUUAAUCAUCCAGAAUAACAUUUUUGAAUGUCUACGAAACACAGUCUGCUUUCUUGUUUUUGUCUAUUUUAAUUUAAACAUUUGUUGUUGGUUGAUACUUGACUGUUACAUUGAAGAUGAUGGUGCAAUGAAGUCAAAUGCUUUCUUCGGUCUAAAGGAAAACAGGGUGUUGGUCAAUUAUGGGGCUUGAAAACAUCCUAUUGUGUAAAGCUUGAGCCUCAUUUGAAGAGUUUGUACUGUAUAUGUGCCAUUUAGGGGGGAAAAGAGAUACCUGCUCAUGUAAAACUAAAAUUAAUAGUCAUUUUUUAUAGCAUAUUUGGUCAAUUAAUGUACUUGAAAAAACUACAUCUUUUACUACUUUUACAGGCAGGUUAUUCUUUAGAUAUUGAAUGUUUAAUUCAAGAUGACGACUUCUUUCUCUCCCUUACUUGUUAUUGACUUUGGCAAACAACUCUUCACUUGUGGAUUUUAUUCGUGUUCAUCUUUGCACUCAUGUGGGCCAAGUUGUCAUUUUUCUGAGACUUUGGAGCUUACAGUAUUUGUUACGUUUUGAUUGUGUUUAAAACCUCUGUCUUUCCGUCCUGAUUUUUGUAUUUGUGUAACUUAAAGGGCUAGAAAUUGGAAAGCCUUACCUCAAGGAUGUCAUUCAGUUUCAUGUUGAUCCUUUUUUGAAACUGGAUCUGUCUGUGAACUCUUUUUUUGUGGCAGAACUUGAUCAUGCUAAAACGGUUCAGAGUUGCAAUUUUUCAUCUCUUGUUAAUUUAUCUCAUUAUGUAUAUACUGUAUUAGCAUUAACCUGCUUUUUAUCAUCUAGGUAAUCAUUUCAUCAAUGCUCAAGUGUCAUUUUAAAAAAAAAACCCUCACUCAUACCAACUAUUAUGUCUUGUAACUCCUUGAAUCAUAAUUUUGUUCAGUUGCACAACAAUCAUUCAUGUAGCCUCAGUGGCUAACAACUCCCUGUACGUUCAGUUUGAAAUGCUGUGAAUUUGAACUUGUAAAUCAAAGCCGACGGUACCGCAGCAUACCUCUGUCCACUGAUCAAUUCAUACGGAGAAGGAGGCUGUUUUGUAACGAAUAAGCAGGUUGUUGAAGUAGAAAUGGCGGUUAGUUGAAUUAAUGGGAGAGCAUGUGAGCCCAACAAGGCCGGAUUUUCUCUCAAUGCAGAUUGUAGUAACAUAAUUGAUUAUUAAAAUGUCAGCAAGUUAA